AUGCGCGCCAUCCCGCAGACAGCCUGUUCCGACAACGACAGCCUCGACAACAUCAAGCGAAUUGUGCAUUACAACGGCUCGACAACCACGCCGACCACCACCGGCUAUAGCUAUAUCGAUACUUGCACGGAUGAGGUUGUCGCCAACCUUGUUCCCGUUAUUUCCAAGACCGUCAACACGUCGUUGUGGGACAACAACGAGCUCUUCACUCUGGGCAGAGGCAGUGACAAUCUGUUCCGUUGGUACAUAAACGGCAGGUUGAUGGAUGUGGAAUGGGAGAGCCCAACUCUCUUACAAGUGUACAACAACAACACCAAUUUUAUGAGCUCGAGCGGUGUUAUCGAGCUGCGAACGCCAAUGAAUGGGCAUACGUUAUUUUCGAAACCACGCUGCCUAUUGACCCCCCCCAUUCACCUUGACGGUCAUGAUUUCUUUGUUCUGGCGCAUGGCACCGGUACUUACGACGCCGAUCCCACGACGUUGAACCCUAACCCUCCAACAACAGAUACAGCAAUGCUACCUGCUUCGAGUCUGGCAAUCCUGGCACCUGGCUUAUGCACUGCCACAUUGGAUGGCAUACUUCAGAAGGAUUUGCCAUUCAGUCCCUGGAACGGUACGACGAAGUUCGAGACUUGA